AUGGAGAAGGAGAUCACUGGGGGGAUCGCUAAGAGGCUGGAGAAGGGGGGUGGGGGUGGGGGUGGGGGCCAUGUCGCCUCCUCCUCCUCCUCCUCCUCCUCCUCCUCCUCCUCCUCCUCCAAUCGCAGCCCCACAUAUCAGCGGGUGUUCAGGACACGCUACAAGAUGGUGACCCGUCCAGGCUCCAGCACCGCGCACAUAUCCCACUAUAACCCCGCCCUCACAUGGCGAGCCAAGAGGAUCCAGACUGCCAGGAGUUUCCUUCAGAAUCGUAUGCGACUCCCCCACGACAGACCCCCGCCACACGCUCAGCACUGGAGAGGAAGCGCCAUGUGCUGGAUUGGUGGUUCCCUGUACCAAGUGUCGGCCAAUAAGCUGUCCCGCACUGUGGGGUCCAACAUGUCCAUCAACAGAACAGGACGGACUUACGGCGCCGCUCAGGUUUCAGCCACAUAUCCAGCGUACAACCGAGGCUCCAGCACUCGUCAUUUAGCCAGCCGUGCGGUCCAGCGGAGCCUCGCCAUCAUCAGACACGCUCAGCACAAGAAGCAGCAGAAACAGUACUGCAUGUACUACAACCGCUUCGGAAAGUGUAACCGCGGCAACAGCUGCCCUUACAUCCAUGACCCAGACAAGGUGGCCGUCUGCACCAGGUUUCUACGAGGGACGUGCAAGCAGGCAGACGGGACCUGCCCGUUCUCUCAUAAGGUUGCCAAGGAGAAGAUGCCCGUGUGCUCCUACUUCCUGAAGGGGAUCUGCAACAACAGCAACUGUCCCUACAGUCACGUCUACGUGUCCCGCAAAGCUGAAGUGUGUGAGGACUUUGUCAGAGGAUACUGUCCCGAGGGAGAGAAGUGUAAGAAGAAACACACUCUGGUGUGUCCAGACUUCUCCAAGACGGGAUCCUGUCCUCGAGGUGCGGGCUGUAAGCUUCAGCACCGCCAACGAGUCAAAAGAAGCCCCAGCACUGCCUCCACCUCCUCGACCAGGAGAGGCCGGACCAGGGAGCCCUCCAAGAGGCCUCGUCUGACAGUCGUCAUGCCGCAGGACUCUCAGACAGAACCGGGGACCCCCCAAAAGGGUUCUCUGGAGCUGCCGUCCUUCAUCUCCCUCUCCAGCUCCCCAGAGGAGGCAGACGCACCAGACACGCCGACGGCUGAGACCUCACAGGUUAAAG